AUGCCUAUCAGGGCAAAGUGGUAUGCGCUCGUCACCCACCCCGUUUCGCCGCGACUGCAAGUUUCCCCCGACGCUGACACAAAUUUCUCUCCUGCGCAGCGACUGGCCAAGUGGUUCACUACCCUCUCCCCCAAAGAGAAGGCCAAGAUUAUCAAAGAUGUGACCCAACUGGUGCUGUCCCGCCGCACGCGAAUGUGCAAUUUCCUCGAAUACAAAGGUGGCUUCUUCUUCCACUCGAAAGUUGUCUAUCGUCGCUACGCCUCCCUUUUCUUCAUCGCGGGCUGUUCCUCCACCGACAAUGAGUUGAUCACCCUCGAGAUCGUCCACCGCUACGUUGAGCAAAUGGAUAAAUAUUACGGGAACGUGUGUGAGCUGGAUAUCAUCUUCAAUUUCCAAAAGGCAUAUUUCAUCCUCGAUGAGCUAUUACUCGCGGGCGAGAUGCAGGAGAGCAGCAAGAAGAAUGUCCUUCGAUGCAUCAGUCAACAGGACAGCCUGGAAGAUAUGGAGGUUGAGGAAGAUGUGGUCACCAAGAUCAUGUAG